AUGAGAUUCCACAAGUUUUACUGUAGGAUCUUAUCUACAAUACUGUUAAUAUUGGUAAACUUCCUAACCACAAUUCUUGUAAUGAAAGGUAUAACCACAAAUCGCACAUCUAAGGCAUUCCUAUAUAACGCAACAAACAACAAGCAUUUUGGACAUUCAAAGCGCAUAAAUUCAACAGCUCAACUGUUAUAUAAUAAUAAAACAAUUACUGGCAUCGAAAAUAGAUAUAAAAGUGGAAUAAAUCCGUUUAAUCAAUCUCCUAAGGAUAUUCUGGCCGAUUUAGUUGACACAAAGGAGGAAAUUAUCGAGUAUAAUCACAACAAAAACAAAAUUAAUAAAUUGUUAAAUCUCGAAAGUCAAAUUCAUACUCAUACCACCGUUAUUCACCACGGUAAUCACUCAUUUGACCCUGCUGAUUCUAUAGCCAAUAACUCAACUAAUAGCAGUAAUCUUAGUAAUAGAAGCAAUACCACUGAAAGCUCAAAAAAGUCAAUUAAUAGAUCAUUGAGCCACAGCAUGAAUAUUGAGUAUGAAUGUGAACCCAUAAAAUUUAUCCAAGCAACACCAGAAGACUCUGCCAAAUUGGAAAAUUUUGACAAGAUCUGGAAUGCCAUAGUUUCUAUGCGCAAAAAUUUUAAUGCGCCAGUUGAUAGCAUGGGUGCUCACUGUUUGGGAGAUAAAAAUGCCGAUGUUGAAACCCAACGAUUUCAAUACUUGAUAGCAUGUCUAUUGUCUAGUCAAACUAAGGACAAUAUCACCAGUGAAGCGAUAAAUAACUUAAGGAAUAGUGGACUACUGACUAUAGAGAAGAUACUAACUGCAAGUGUAGAGGAGAUUGAUAAACAUAUAGGGAAGGUGGGAUUCCAUAAUACCAAAGCUAAAAAUCUGAAGAAGAUUUGCGAGAUUUUGAGGGAUAAAUUUGACAAAAAAAUACCAGAUAAUUUUAAUGAUCUGACAAGCCUCCCCGGUAUUGGACCUAAAAUGGCCCAUUUGAUUCUUCAAUUAGGAUUUGGCAAGGUUGAAGGUAUCGCAGUGGAUGUUCACGUCAAUAGAAUAGCUAACCGUUUGGGGUGGGUUAAAAGCAACAGUCCCGAAGGAACUCGUGAACAACUUGAAAAAAUAAUACCUAAAAAGUUUUGGGCCCAAUUAAAUGUGUUAUUGGUUGGUUUUGGUCAAAUGAUUUGUACCAAGGCGGGACCUGGGUGCUCAACUUGUCUAGCAAAUUCAUAUUGUCCCGUUGGGAGGGCUAUGACCAAGUAA